AUGCGUCAGCUCUAUGACGGCAUGAUGGCGCUAGUCACGGACAAUGCAACUGUCCUAGAGGCAGUCAAAGUAACCAACGGAGUAAAGCAGGGCUGUGUUCUCGCGUUUACCCCCUUCACUCUCAUGUUCUCUGCCAUGCUGAUGGACGCAUACCGUGACGAACGCCCUGGGAUCCGCAUCGCCAACAGUACGGACGGCCAACUGCUCAACCCUCGCAUCACUGUGAACUGGCGCGUCAACCCUCACCCUCAUCGCCAACAAUGUCGAUUCGAUCCCAGCCUGUCCUCAUUGCGAUCGAACGUUCAACUCACGCACCUGGCUGGCCGGUAA